AUGUUAACAAUCAAGUCCUCUAACGCUACUCACUAUGCCCUCCAGACCAUUAACGAUCACAUCGAAAGCAGACUGGGCAAGCUGCAAGUCAAUGUCACCCGCCUGAAGCGUGAGCUUUGGCUACUUCAGCGACAUGUCAAGGAGUUCCACCAUCCCCUGUUUGAGAACUGGGAAGCCGACAUGCUCACUCGUCUUAUCGAGGUUGCAUAUGUGAAGGAGUAUCGCAAAUUACCUGGUGGUGUGGUGAUUGGAAAGGAGACAUUCUUCGAACGUGAAAAUCUCACGCAUGCGUACAGUCUCGCGGCGAGGGAUGUCCGGUUGAGUACUGUUCGGAAGCUUGGUCUGUCAGAUAGAUACCAUGAAGCUUUGCAACGGUAUCCAGAGGUGAGUUGCUACUUUCUUCGUCGUGGUUGGACGUACCUUUGA